GGCGCGCAGGCAUCAUAAUCGUCAGUGUCUCUCUCGUAUAAGAGAGCGAGAGAGCACUAAAGCGAGGUGGAAGGCGUGUAGGGAAGACGAGUGCGAGGAAGCAAAAAGAGAGAGGAAGAGAGUGUAGGAAUUUCUCAGGAGAGAACUUGAGAAGGUGUCGAUUUUCUGUUGCUGGCGGGAUGCGGUCAUUGGCGAUCUUAGUCGUUCUUCUACUGGUCGUCCGGCUGUUCAGGUGCGAGAUUCUGACGCCACCGUACUUCAACCUGGCUGAGGGCAAGGAGAUCGUCGCCUCGGCUACAUGCGGCGUCGACACCACUGGUCCUGAACUUUAUUGUAAACUCGUCGGUGCGAACGCGGACCAGGACGAGGAUAUCAACUUGAUUCAAGGACAGGUAUGUGAUUACUGCGAUCCUGAUAUCCCCGAGAAGAGACAUCCGCCCGAAUAUGCAGUCGAUGGCAUGGAGACUUGGUGGCAAUCACCGCCAUUGUCCAGAGGAAUGAAAUACAACGAAGUGAAUUUGACAAUUAACCUGGGACAAGAAUUCCACGUAGCUUACGUUUAUAUACGAAUGGGAAACUCGCCCCGGCCAGGACUUUGGGUACUGGAGAAGUCUAAGGACAACGGAAAAACCUGGUCACCCUGGCAGUACUUCUCAGACUCCGCCAGCGACUGUCUCACGUACUUCGGUGUGGAUAGCCAUAAGCCGAUCACUCGGGACGACAGUGUGAUUUGCACAACCGAAUUCUCGCAGGUGGUCCCGCUCGAAGGUGGCGAGAUCCCAAUAUCGAUCCUGAACAACCGACCUUCAGCGAAGUACUACUUCAAUUCGACUCUGCUGCAGGAAUGGACGAGGGCAACCAACGUCCGCUUCCGCUUCCUCAGAACAAAGAACCUGCUAGGCCACUUAAUGUCUGUCGUUCGUCAGGAUCCUACCGUCACCAGAAGAUAUUUCUACUCGAUUAAAGACAUUAGUAUCGGCGGCCGUUGCAUGUGUAAUGGACACGCGGACACCUGCGACGUUCAAGAUCCCAAUAUGCCAAAGAAGCUGGUCUGUCAGUGCCAACAUAAUACCUGUGGACCUCAGUGUGCGACGUGUUGCAAAGGCUUCGAGCAGAAGAAAUGGCGACAGUCCACGGCGUCCAAGAAAUUCAAAUGCGAGCCUUGCAACUGCUUUGGACACUCGGACGAAUGCAUCUACGAUCCGGAGACCGACGAGAAGCAUUUGUCAUUGGAUAUUUACGACAAUUACGAGGGCGGCGGUAUUUGUCAGAAUUGUAGGGAUAACACUGAAGGCAUCAACUGCAACCGCUGUAAGCCUAAAUUCUACAGGCCACAAGAUAAACCUUUGAACGCGACCGACGUAUGUCGACCUUGUAACUGCGAUUACUUCUAUUCAACUGGAAAUUGCGCGGACUCCACCGGCAGGUGCGAAUGCCGAGAGGAGUUUACGCCGCCGGGCUGCGACUCCUGUAACUACGGAUACUUCGGCUAUCCCAACUGCAGACCUUGCGAGUGUCAUUUACCUGGUACCGACGGUUAUCACUGCGAAGCGACAGACGGGAACUGUCCCUGCAAACUGAACUAUGCCGGUCACUACUGCAACCUCUGUGCGGAGGGAUACUACAAGUUUUCCGAAUGCUUGCCAUGCGGCUGCAAUCCCCUGGGUGCCCUCAACGCUCUUUGCGACGUGAUGUCCGGUAAUUGCACAUGCAAGAACAACUACGGUGGUAGAACGUGUAAUAUUUGCGAGAAUGGCUACUUCAAUUAUCCUUUCUGCACAUAUUGCAACUGUGACCCUCGCGGAACCGAGCCAGGCAUUUGUGACAAGCAGGACGGUGUUUGCUUAUGCAAAGAAGGAUACGGUGGUGCCAGAUGCGACGUAUGCGUCUCCGGAUAUUAUGGUUACCCCAAUUGCAGACCGUGCAAUUGCAGUAUUGUCGGCUCUUCUAGCGUCAGCUGCGAUUCCGCGGGCAAGUGCUCAUGUCUCGCCAAUUUUGCCGGCAGGACCUGCGAUCAGUGUAGUCCAGGAUAUUACAAGUACCCAGAAUGCAUUCCGUGCAACUGUGAUAGUCAUGGCUCAAUCGGCGUUUCCUGCGACGGCGAGGGCAUAUGCCAAUGUCGUGAGAACUUUGAUGGCGUCCGAUGCGAGCAGUGCAAAGACGGCUACUACAACUUUCCAACCUGCGAGGGAUGCAAUUGCGAUCCAGCUGGCAUAGUUGCGACUUUCCAAGGCUGCGGUUCUUUGCCGCCCGGCGAGCUCUGCCAGUGCAAGAAUCGGGUCGAGGGCAGAAUAUGCAAUCAAUGCAAGCCGCUCUAUUGGAAUUUGCAACCUUACAAUCCGGAUGGAUGUGAAAAAUGCCAAUGUAAUCCUUCCGGAGUCAUCGGUGGCAUCGGUGAAUGCGACACUAAGACUGGACAGUGUAUAUGUAAACCCGGCGUAACUGACAGAGAAUGCAGCCGAUGUGUUGACGGAACUUAUAAUCUUGAGGAGAGUAACGUCUUCGGCUGUUCCGACUGCGCUUGCGACGUCGGCGGUUCUAUAAGCCCGAUAUGCGACAAACAGACCGGUCAAUGCCCUUGCCAGCCGAGAGUGACUGGUUUGAUGUGCAAAGAACCCCUGAAGGCUCAUUACUUCCCCACUCUUCACCAGUAUCAGUACGAGGCCGAAGACGGCAAAACAUCAAGCGGCAGUCGAGUUCGCUACGGCUUCACGGAGCACCUUUUCCCGGGCUACAGUUGGAAAGGUUACGCUGUGUUUUCCGCUCUGCAAGAUGAGAUAGUGCUGGGCAUCGAUAUCAGCAAGUCCUCCCUCUACCGGAUGGUCUUGCGCUACGUGAAUCCCAACAAUGAAUCGAUUCUUGGUAUUAUCAUUAUUACUCCGGAUAAUCUAUCCGAAGUGGAGCAACAAUUUAAAAUAAACUUUAAGCCAUCCAGCCAACCAUCAUUCUUGACAGUCGCUGGAAUCCACGGCAAUCAGCCAUCGCCCAUGGUGAUGAAUCCCGGGCAUUGGUCCAUCAAAAUCACUACGAAGAAGAGUCUAUUUCUCGAUUACUUCGUCUUGUUGCCGUCCGAGUACUACGAAGGUACUAUACUGACGCAAGACGUGAACAUACCCUGCAAAAUCGGCUACAAAGAACUUUGCAGACACUACGGCUAUCCGAAUCUAACGCGAUUCGAUUCAGUCCGCGGUGCAGGCGGUUUUAUCAUCGAGGACAACAAUAGAAUCUCGUUGACCGAUCUAUUGACCGAUCACGAAGUUUUACAGGAGAUCGAGGAGAAUGAGAUACCACUUAUUAACGACCAGCAAGAAGAAAUUCACUUCGAGCUUAGGAUCAGUAAACCUGGUCCUCAUGUGCUCGUGGUAACUUAUGUAACUCCACGCGACGAGCAGGCCACUUCAGUCCUACUAAUUGAGGCCGAUACCAUUGGCAAGGGUAAAGCUACUUUGAAUCCCUGUAGAUACGCUAACUCUUGUCGACAAGUUGUCACCGAUAUCUACGGCAAAGUGGCUAUUAUGAACUUCCCAUUCAACUACGUCAGCUUAGUACUGCGAUCGACCAACAAUCCGACUUCAAACGUCGGUAUCAACUCGAUAGUGGCCAUUCCUUAUAGUCAAUGGUCAUUGGACUACGUGAAACCAAAAUCCAUCUGCGUGAGGAAAAACAGCAAAUGUGUGCAAGGACUUUUCCCUGAUGCUGACGCUAAGAAAAUCGAAUUUGAAAUACCCGGUGUACUUGAGGCCAAAUAUCGACCUCCUGGUAUCUACGAUAACGCUACUAAAUUGAUCUACCUGGGUGGCGAUAGUAACAGCGUGGAUAUUCGCGCCAAAGUGCCUCAACCAGGAGAAUAUAUUUUCGUGAUGCAGUAUUAUCAACCGGACCAUCCUCAGUUCAAGCUGGAGAUGCUGGUGCAGAACGGUAAGUUUUACGAGGCAGAAAUCCCGGUACCACAUUGUCCUAGUAACAGUGGCUGCCGCAGCAUUGUUCGUCAGACAGACGGUGGCGGUACCACGUUCCAGCUGAUCGAGAAUUUCGUGCUGACUUUGAAACAGCCUGCUGACAAUCGUAGCAUCUGGUUAGAUUAUAUGCUGGUAAUACCGGCGGAUCAGUACAACGAAAAGAUCCUCGGUAAGCUGCGGUUCGAUCAGACAAAAGAGUUUAUCAAGCGCUGCGGCAACAAUCAUUUCCACAUCAAUGUUACUGAGGACGGCUUCUGCCGCGAUUCUAGUUUCUCGUUGACGACUAAUUACAACAACGGUGCGCUGCCCUGUAAUUGCAUCAUUGAUGGUUCUACCAGCCUAGAAUGCGAGAAAUUCGGUGGCCAAUGUCCCUGCCGACCGAACAUCAUUGGCCGGCGCUGCGAGAUCUGCAAGACCGGCUUUUAUGGCUUCCCUCGAUGCAGACCUUGUAAUUGUCCUACGACCGCACUGUGCGAAUCCGAUAGCGGUAGAUGUAUCUGCCCACCCCGAGUCACUGGAACACGAUGUGACCAAUGCAAAGUCGGUACUUACGGUUUCCAUCCUAUCAUCGGAUGCGAAGAGUGCAACUGUUCGCCUCUGGGUGUUCUCGAUGGUGAUUUACAAUGUGAUUUACUCGACGGUAGCUGCCCCUGCAAGGAGAACGUAGUAGGCCGUCAGUGCGACCGUUGUCGCGCCGGCUAUUCGCAGUUUCCGCAUUGCGAGCGCUGUGACUGCGACUUACGUGGUACCACCGGCGACAUCUGUGACCAGUAUACCGCUGAAUGCUUCUGUAAGAUGAACGUGCAAGGUCUAGCGUGCGACGUAUGUCGCGAAGGCACUUUUGACAUCCAGGCGUCGAAUGAGGAUGGCUGCACCAAAUGUUUCUGCUUCAGCAAGACCACCAGAUGCGCCUCUGCAAGCCUCUACUGGACUUACCUGAUAGAUAUGGAAGACUGGGAGCUGGUUCAGCCCAUUGACAAGAGCGGCAACUUUACCAAUUUACCAACAUAUCCUGACUAUGUGAACGCAACCACUAUCGUUGCUUCUCUUCCUACCAAUGACACCUUCGAGAACGUCGUUUACUUCUCGACACCGGACACCUACCUAAACAAAAAGCUGACCUCCUAUGGCGGCUACUUCAACUACACUAUACAUUACAGCACGGGACCUUUCGGCAAAGCCAUCAGCGCCGUCGACGUGAUUCUUCAGGGCGCUGACACUACAUUAUUUUAUUACUCUGAGGAACAGCCACCGUCAUCCGUGAAUUUCAGAGCAUCCAUCCGCCUCGUUGAGGCCAAUUUCCUCACUGUCAAUAAACUCAGUGCUACGAGAGAACAGUUGAUGGUGGUUCUCGAAGAUCUACAUAGAAUAUAUGUACGCGCUACAUACUGGAACCCUAGCAUCUACGUCUGGUUAUCAUACGUGACUCUGGACGUCACAAAAGAGCAAUAUUCGGCUCAGUACAGCGUUCGGGCUAGUAGCGUAGAACAAUGCCAAUGUCCACCUAAUUAUCAAGGACUAUCAUGCGAGGAAUGUGCUCCAGGUUACUACAGAGUGAGAUCGGGACCACACGGCGGAUACUGUCUGCCCUGCCAAUGCAAUGGCCACGCAAACACAUGCGAUGUAAACACUGGCAUCUGCCAGGACUGUAGAAAUGGCACCACCGGCGACCAUUGUGAGUUUUGCGAGCGAGGCUACUACGGCAACGCUACCGUGGGCACACCAACAGACUGUCUGAUCUGCGCAUGUCCAUUGCCGGUUGUCUCUAAUAAUUUUGCCACUGGUUGUGAGGUAAAUGACGAAGGAAACAAGAUCAGUUGUGACUGUUUGCUUGGAUAUUAUGGCGCCCGUUGCGAGGCAUGUGCCGCCGGCUAUUAUGGCAAUCCUGAAGUAUACAGCGACUACUGCAAGCCAUGCGAGUGCUCCGGUAACAUUGACACCAAUCGGAUCGGUUCUUGUGACUCCAUCACUGGUCAAUGCCUGCAGUGUUUGAACAAUACCUAUGGCGAGGCAUGCAAUUUAUGCGCGCCUGGCUAUUUCGGCGAUGCCGUGAAACGAAAAGAUUGCAGAAGCUGCGUGUGCGACGAAUGCGGCAUGAAGCGCUGCGACAGCUACAGCGGCAAAUGCUUCUGCAUGGAGAACGUGAUUGGCGAACAGUGCGAUCGCUGCGCACCUGAUCAUUACGGUUUCAGCCGCUGUGAUGGCUGCAAAGCUUGCGAGUGCGGCCUUGCAUCCGAAAGAAGCCAAUGCGACAACGAAACAGGCCAGUGCAAAUGUAGGUCAGGGGUUACUGGUCGUAAGUGCGACCAGUGUAUUCAAGGAUACUGGAACUACGGACUAGACGGAUGUACAUCAUGUGGAUGUCACACUGGCUACUCCGUGGGUGUGUCCUGCAACACAACGACUGGACAGUGCACCUGUUUACCCGGUGUGAUAGGUGAGAAGUGCGAUCAUUGCCCAUAUCGACAUGUGCUCAUUCCGACACAGGGUUGCUUUUCCUGUGGUUCUUGUAUCGGGAAUCUUUUAGAUGUCACGGAAGAACUGACCGAUUUAUUGGAACAUGUUUCACGUGAAUACAGUACGGUUGCGGAGGACUACUUUACGAAUCAACGAUUGAAAUUCAUCAACGACACAGCGAACGAACUCUACCCCGAAGUUAGAAUAUUAGAUCCAAGCAGAGUAAGCUUCUUACCAUUGCAGGAAAAAGUAGGACAAUUAGAACACGAAAUGUCUAAUCAGAAACGACAGAUCGAGUUUGCCGUCGAAGAUAGUAUUAAAUGGAAGGACGCUGCGGAAAACACAUUGAAGGAUAUGAGCAACCUAGAAGAGGACGUGGUACGUGAGAUUGAGCUAGUAAAUCAGAUCGUAUCUGAGGUACAAUCUCUGGCGUCAAAUAUUGAGCUAGGAACGAGCGCGAAGGUCGACAGCGCUUUGAAUGAAGCAAAGGAAAUCCUAAAAAAGAUCAAGGACGUUUCCUUUGUUAAGUUCCGGGACGAUGCAGUAGAUCAGGUGGAUCAGGCCAACAUUCUCGUAUCCGAAAUGCAGAAGUACAAUUUCCCUGUCAGUAAUUUGAGUAAUGCUGCAAUUAAUCUUAGCGACAAGAUCAGAAACGCCAGUGCCAAGAUGUACGAUCUGCUGGAUAUUGCGCAAAAAGUUCAAGAUCUAUCUAGCACGGUAGACAAAUUGAAUAGAGAGAACAGAUUCGCCACUAAAGCCGGUAACUUUGACGUAGUGAAGAACUCCACACUAGAGGCGAAAGAGGACUUGGAAGCCGGGGAUGCACUUAAUAAGAAUGCUAAUCAGUACCUUGUCGACGCGAAAGCGAAUAUUCAUAUCCUGUUGAUGAACGACAUCACAAGUGCAACUAAUCGGUUGAACAUCACUAUCGCCAAGAACGAUCACAUGUUGAUCGAGUUGACGCAACUGAUGCAGAAUGCUCAUAAUCACGCAGAAUAUCUCUACAACCAUUCUCUGGCGUUGGAUAAUUUGCUGACCGACACUCGCAAUACUAAUGCAGUGAGGGCCGUUUCGGCAUACAGGAAUAUUGAAACUGCGAUCCAAGCUGCGAGGAACGCCGCGGAUGAAGCCAUGAUCGCUUCUGAAAAUGCGACGUCGCUGUCUAGUGGUAUUGAACAGAAAAUGUUGAAUUCCCAAGACGAAUGUUACAAGUUGUUAAAUUUCGCACGACUCACUUUGGAGAAAACAAAAGGACAGCCUGAAAACGACUUGCGAGACGCGAGAAACAACGCAACCUUCAUUGACAAGCAAAACAAACGCAAUAAGGAGUUAUUAGAUAAUAUCUAUAAAACACUCACCAAUAUUCCUUUACAAUCGUCCAUGGUUGCACACGACGCUAUGAAUUUGACGAUGAACGUUGAACGUAAUAUUCAAAGAGCUGUAAAUGAUAUGGACGGCAUCGUAGAUCAUAUUCCGGAAGACUUGCGAAAAGCAAAGCAGCUGUCAAAGGAUACAUCAGAAUCGAUUCGUGAUAUUUCGCAAGCGAACAAACAGCUAGACAUCGUGGACAAAGUGAUGCCGAACAUCACCAAUUUAUUGAAUACCCUAAACGAAAACCAGAAAUUAAUAGACACCACUGGUAAAGAUUUACAGAACAAAAUCGAAGCCCUGAAGAAUAAGAUUGCGAAUGCCCGGGAACUAGCUGACCGAUUCCGAUAUGGCUUAACAUUCUACAGAAACACCACUCUAGAACUGAAGAAUCCAGAGAGUCUGCCGUUGUUAGCCACUUCCACCAAAAUUUCCCUUUACUUCAGAACCAACAAAACAAAUGGUUUUCUACUGUACCUCGGCAAUGAGGAGAAGACGAAUUUACCGCGUUCUAAAGCGCAUGAUUUUAUGGCGUUAAUGAUUGAGAGCGGAUAUCCCGUACUUAUAAUCGACUUGGGAUCUGGACCCGAGAAGAUAAUUCACAACAAAUUCGUAUCGGAUAACGUGUGGCGGCAGAUAAUCAUCUACAGGACGGGCAAGAAUGUGAAAUUGAUGAUUCGCGAGGAUAUCGGAGAAGGUCGGGACGAGUUGUACAAGAUGACGGGUGUCCUAACAGGCCCUUAUUAUAUCUUCAACGUAGACCGGGAACAUUCAAAGCUUUUUGUGGGUGGCUACCCGUCAUCUUUCCAUAUUCAGGAUGCUGUGACCGCAUCAUCGUUUGAAGGCGAAAUGGAGGAGUUGGUGAUAGGUGAUAUACCAGUGUCCUUCUGGAAUUUCGUUUACGGCGAGAACAACCAAAAAAGCGCGAUCGAACGCGACAAGCUCGUCAACUUCCAGCCAAGCACGGGAUACCGUUUUGAUCGGCACGGCUAUGCGAUUCUCAGCAAGAAAGAUUCACAGAUCACACCGGACCUUAGAAAAUUCAGCAUCAAGCUGGCCUUUAAAACAUUCGCUGAAGACGGGUUGAUUUAUUUGAUGGGCAAAGGCAGACAAUUCCUGUCGUUGGAAAUGAAGAACGGUCGACUAUUGUAUCAGUAUGAUCUUGGUGAGGGUGCGAUCGUUUUGGAAUCCUUGGACAAAUAUAAUAACGGCAGUUGGCAUGUCUUGGAGGCUCUCAGAUUCGGCGGAAGCGGUGUGCUCAAAGUAGACGGCCACAAAGUAAAUGAUUUCGAAGCGGUCGGAACUGCUAGGACUUUAUCAUCUUCGGAUCACAUAUAUUUUGGCGGAUAUCCACCCAACGCGAAGCAUCCUUAUCAGUCGGUCACCAAUAACGGUUUCGAAGGUUGCAUCGAUAACGUCAUCAUCCUCGAUACUUCGAUCGAUCUCACUCGCAAUGUACAGGCGUUCGGAGUUAUUCCUGGUUGCCCAGUGAGGUUCGCCAGCUUAGUUUCCUUCGAGAAGAAUAUGCCCGGCUAUGUAAGAUGGCAGAGCUUUAUGUCAGAUGGCUUGCAAGUGAACCUAAAAUUCAAGACUUUGGCCAAUGACGGAUUAAUCUUCUACGCUAUCGAUGAUAGCCAAAAUACGAAAAACGGUUACCUCUCGCUGGAAAAUGGCCGGCUGGUGUUCAACAGCCAAGGCGUCGAAUUGUGGACUAGCCCAUCGGACGUGAAAUUCAACGACAACGAGUGGCAUGUGGUAACGGUCACUCAAGAUCAAUCGGGCCUUAGUCUCGACAUCGAUGACACGAAGAGUUACACGUCAGAUUUACCACCGCCACUUCUGCACUUCUUCCACGGCAACCUGUACAUCGGUGGAUUGCCAUUAAGAUUGGAUCUCAAUGGUACAACUGUACCUUUCGUUGGCUGUAUCGGCGAUGCAACCUUGAAUGGCGAGAUCAUCAUCAACUUCGCCAAUUCAACCGAGAGGCCACACGCGUUCUUAGGAAAAUGCAAGGGUGGCGAUCAAACACUUUUGCCACCAAUCAUCGAAUCCGAACUUCCACCACUGUUGCUACCAACAGAAAGUCCGGAAGAACCAAUAGAGCUAUCGACUCAGAUCAACAUAGUAGACAUUGAUAUGGAAAGAGAGGAUGAAGAUGAAGAACCGUAUAUGGAAGGUCGAAAUAAUAUUGAAAACGUUGAUUUCCUUACCACAACUAUACCAACGACGCAGGUUCCAACCGAGCCUAAUAUUCAAAUGGAUGACGAAUGUCAUUUACCAUACUAUCCGGCUGCAGACCCCGAUCUGGAGAAUACAGUCUGGCGAUUCGGUAUUUUCAGGAACAGCAGAUUGCAAUACAAGACUCUGAACGAAAGAUUCAAAGACAAUUAUAAUUUCCGAAUCAACAUAAAGACAGUGACCAAUGAUGGAAUUAUAUUCUACAGCUCCAACUUGAAUCAACAAGAUGAUCCAGACUUUGUUGCCGCGUACAUGCUUGACGGAAAGGUUCACUACAAAUUUGAUUGUGGAAGUGGAAUGAUAUCCCUGAUGAACGAGAAGAAAAUCAACGACGACCAGUGGCAUUUUGUGAUCUUCACGAAGAAUGGUAAAUAUGGUCAGUUGAUCGUGGAUGAGGAGGCGAUUGUAGAGGGAUAUUCUCAAGGAAAUUCUACCAUCAUCGACGUCAAUUCGCCCUUCUUUAUUGGCGGAGUCUUACCGCAAAUGUCCAGCACUGCGCACAUAAAUAUUGGCCUCAAUAAGACGUUUAAUGGUUGUCUAGGAAAUUUCAUGAUAAACGGAUACAUCGUAGAACCAUCGCAGAAAGUAGACGUGAUGCCUUGCUCGCAGAGGGUUGAAUCUGGUCUUUUCUUUUACCCAGGAAACGGCAGCAACUUAUAUAAAGCAGCUGACAAAUUCAACAUGAAUCGUGGAUUCGACAUUCAACUGGAUAUAAAGCCACGUUCGACAUCCGGGCAUUUAUUGUCAGUGCAUGGUAAGAGAGACUUCAUUAUCUUGGAAAUGAUCAACGGCACUGUCAGGUUACUUGUGAAGGCACAUAAAGGCUCAAUCGAGACUUCGUUCGUGCCAACGAAGCCAAACUCCCUGUGUGACGGCAACUGGCAUAAUAUUCGAGCGAGCAAACGGAAGAACGCGAUGUUACUAUCAGUCGAUCAUAAAGCAGCGCCACUCGCAAUCGUCGACGGCAGAAAUAUGGCUCGUGUUUUGUCAAAACAUCCAGUAUUUAUUGGCGGACACUCAAGUCUAGGAAAGGGAUUGCGAGGCAGCACUUCGCAAGCACAAUACAUCGGCUGUAUCUCCAACAUUAUGAUUAAUUUGAACCGCAUCGAAAUUACGCCCGAGCGAGCUUAUGGUCGAGUCCUUGCCGGGGUGUGUCCGACCAUUUAAAACGCAAUAAUCCUUUUAUUUUUAGACAAGCUAUACAAACUUACACGAAAAUCCAACUUUAUAGAUUUUUCUUUCUUUAAAGUAUCGCAUUCAUUAUUCUCUAGUGUUUGAUUGAAAGAUAACGAUUAAAAAUAAACAUGUAACGAGCGGAAAAAUGAACUUAUAAAUUUAUUUGAUUCUUUUGAGAAGAAAUAUUUUUCUCGUUUUCAUUAGCGAUUGAGGAAGAUGAUUGUAUAGAACGAUACAAAGAAACUAUUUUAACCAAAGAUACAACUUGAAACUCCUGUUUCCUCACCGCAGUCAUUUUGAUUGAUGACAUCAGAAGUAAGAAGGUACUCAAAAUUUUUGCAAAUAAAUUAAAAUAAAAGGAUGUAUUCUUAAAAUGACACUUAUGAUAAAUUAGAAAGAUUUGUGAAAUACUCUGGAAUCUUUUCUCUUGCCUUAAUAAUUAAUAAGUAACUGUAAAAUUUAUGUGACACGAAUAACCUUUCAACUUCGUGAUCAUCACGUAUUAUUUAUGGUCCUUUAUUAAUUAGUGAUAUGAAAAGUAAGUUUGCGGACUACAAAUUUAAACAAAUAAUAACGUUAUUUUAUGUGCAUAUUUUUAUUUUAACAUAUUUUGUGAGAAUUUCGAUUAUAUAUUUUUUCGCUUAUGACAUCAUCAAUCAAGAUCACCACAGUAGCGACUGUGAGAUUCCGAAAGCUUUAAUAAAAUAUAUAAAUUAUAGAAUAUAUGUAUAAUAUUUUUCGAGAUUUUCGAGAGUAAUGGUUUUAGUACGCAAGAGGAUGUAAGUAAAGAAAAAAGAUGAGAUAUAUGGAAGUCAUAAGCGUUUUAUUUUGUGAAUAUGUAUACACACACACACACGUAUGUAUGUAUGUAUGUAUAUACAUACAUAUACAUACAUAUAUACGCAAUGUAUAUUUGUGCGUUAUCGCACCCGGCACAUCUUGUAAAUAAAUCCAAAUUUCUGUACAAUAAGUUCUCAAAAGUUCAUUUUUCGGAGAUAUUUCUGGCUUAGUCUUAAUAUUGUUAUGUCAUAAAUAUCAAAACUCGUCAUUCUUAAAUAACUUAUAUCAUUUUUCCGUACUAAAAAAUGCACGCAACACUGUUUUUUCUCUGACAAUUACAAUAUUCAAUCAAUUUAUCGUUUUAAUAAUGAAUAAACACAAUGGUUACGAAAAUGUAAACUAAAAUGCUGAAUGAAAGUGCGAAAUGUGUGUCGAUGUGACUAUGAUAAAGUGCGCAUUGUACUGCAAUAAACGAUACAUUCAAUUGUUA